AUGGGGGUAAAACGAAGAUAUUGUAUUCCUUUGAUAUGGGAGAUUAGAAAAGAAGAAGAACCCCAGGAUUCAGCUAGUCCAAGUCAGUCCGAAUGUAGUCGUGCUACUCGAUGGGAAGCGCUAGCUGAUAUGGCUGCAGAAUUGCCACCUACUUUGACCGUUGACCCGAUUACUGGACAAAUUUACACAGUCAGCAAAUAA